AUGAUUAUUGAAGACGCCAUUGUGGACGAGGUGCCGACUGUUCGGCGAGUUCGUCGGUUGCGCUCGCAGUUUGAGCGACUUGUUCGCCCAGCCGAUGUGCGGCCCGGGGAACCGAUGCCUAGCAUUGAGGGGUGGGUGCUGUUCCUCACAAACCUGCCGGCGAACACAACGACGGACCACAUCCUCGACCUCUUUCUCACUUACAAGAAGGAAGAGAGCGAGGGGUACGCCCCUGUACGCGAGGUACGGAUACCGUUGGACAAAAACUGCGAGUGCUGCGGCUACGCACUUGUGGAACUGCAGCGAAAGGAUGCGUUUGAGCGGGCAUUAAAGGAGUUGCAGGGUGUCGUGCUCCCAUUUGCGGAGGGGGAACCGCCAAAUGGCGAAGAGGUCUGGCGAUUACAAAUUGCGCCAACAUUUUUGGGCGAGACAGAUGAUGACGAAGCAUUGGCGGGCGAGAAGCGGGUCCGUGAAUGA